GAGAAGCACCAGCGCUGGGAAUUGGCAGACAGUGCCUUGGAUGUCGAGGAUCUGCGGGUGCUCUUACAGGAGUCUCAUCGCAGCAAGGUGGAGAAGGAGCUGCAGAUGCAGCAGGCCAAGCAUGACGAAGACGUGGAUCGCAUUCUGGUCCAGGUGCAGUCUUUCCAACAGGAGCUGAAGUCAGCGAUUGAAACCAAGCAGUUGCUGGACAAGGCGUCCAUGCAAGAGGCCCACAAGCUGCAGUUGCAGGAGCUACAGGACAAGCUCAAAGAAAGCAGUGGAUGCGAGGAUCUACUGCAGAAGCUUGCCGACUUGGAAGCGGAGAAAGCAGAAUGCCAAAGCCGCUUGGUUCAAGCAGCCGAGGCGCUGUCGAGCCACGAGGCUGCCUUGCAGGAGGCCCUUCAGGAGGCAACAGAUCUCA